AUGUCACAGCUUCUGCAAGAUCAACUACUUGACAUGGGGGCCAAGCCUCUGCCUAAUGACUUAAGUCAGACAACAGCCACAGUUGCAGCGGCCAGAGCUGUUGCUGGGUGGCAGAGCAACAAGCGUGUCCUUCCUCUGGUUCCGGAGUUCAAGCAUGUUGUGAAUGUUCGUGGCAGCUUCCCUGCUGCGUCUAUGCAAGGUCUUCAAGUAGGCUGCAAACUCCCUGCAUCGUGGGAGGUACCUGCAUCUGCAAAUGUUGACCCGUGCUUUGUGUCGUCGGUGCCACAAGGUUCCAAAAUCCUUCGCAUCCUCACGGUGCCGGGGGAAAUGUCAGAGGAUGCUCCGGACAACUUGAGUGCAGCUCAGGCUGGCCGCGUAUUGCCGAGCCUUUCUGCUCCGCCCGAAGAUGCUCACCCAGCUGAGAAGCUUGCUUGCAUCAUGUUGCAGUGGAACACUCGCUUCAGCCAAGAGGAGAUGCGAACUCUUCUGGACAUGUUGCCGCAAAAACAUCAGACCAGAGCCAGGGGGAGCUGUGACGAACAGUCCAAUCAGUUUCUGUGUGGAGCCUAUGCUCAUGGGCCCAUGACGGGCUGCAAGAACUUGACACGAGAUAUGCCUUGGUGCACUGCCGUGCUUUGCAAGCAUGUUCGUGAUAACGCUCCGGGUUUUUGCUUCUCUGCCGUGGGCUACCUGUGCAAUGUGCGCGCAGAGGCCCAUCGAGAUUUGCAUAAUGAGCCAGGGACAAAAAACCUGGUCAUGGCAACGCAUGAUUGUGCUGGCGGUGGACUGUGGCUUGAGGAGGCAGGUGGGCCUGUUGCGAUGGUCGUCGAUAAAACUCAGCGUGCUGGGAGGUUUCAUGACUUGGCAGUUGGAAGGCCUUUUAUCUUCGAACCGAAGCGUUGGCAUGCUACUCAACCGUGGCGAGGUGACAGAGGAGUGAUCGUUGCAUACACCCCAGUGGGAGUGACCAAACUUGCAACUGCCGACAAAGGGUUCUUAGAAAAUUUGGGUUUUCCCUUAGGCACCUCUUCUGGUUCUAGUGAUGUGCCUCCCAGGGUUGCAAAAGUACAAAAAGGAAGUAUCGUUUUCGGCGUGUACCAUGAACCGGAGGAGUUUGUGGCGAGAGCGUUGAGCGUGCAACAUCCUUGUCACUUGGAAAGCCUUUUGCCAUCAGAGCUUGUUGAGGCCAUACGGGCAAAUCACUCCAAAGAUGUCGCUACGCUUGGGCGCGAGCGCACCGAGAUGCUCAAGAAAUGGCUUGCUCGCGCUGAGGAGCUGGAAACUGCCGAAAAACAGCUCAAGGGAUCUUUCAGCUCCCAUCGACGUCAAGUGUUGUGCAACAAGCGGCUGCUCUUGAUGAAAGAGAUGCUUGACAGUGUGGGACACGAGGACGAGGACUUGAUUUCUGAUCUGUCAAACGGUUUCGACUUGACCGGACCCUUGCCCCGAUCUAAUGCCUUUAAGAAUAAGUACCGCCCGGCAGCCAUGGCCGAGGAAACGCUUAGGAAAAGUGCGGGAUUAGUUAGGGGUCAGGUUUUGGCUUCGGUUAAAAGUUCAGGGGACGAGAUCGUGGAUCGAGGUGUACUGGCAGCCACCGAGAAAGAGUUGUCCAAAGGCUUCAUCGAGGGGCCGGUGUGUGCUAGUGACAUCCCUGCUGAUGGGACGGUCACGCAUCGCUUCGGAGUGAUCCAAGGAGAAACCGAGGAGGGUCCCAAAGUGAGACCGAUCGACAACUACUUGAGUUCGCUGGUAAAUUCGGUUGUGUCCCAAAGUGAACAAGUGCCCGUCCACACGUUGGACGUAGUUGCUGGCAUGUUGGCGAUGUGGUUGCACUUGUCUCCUUUGAAGUCCUUGCGUGAGGGACUUGUGUGCAAAUGUUGGGACCUCAGUGCCGCAUACAAGCAACUACCGCUUAGUGACAAAAGUUUCGAAAAGGAUAGCUUCUUCGUGAUUUACUGCCCCCGCACUCGCCAGCAUGUCAUCUACAAGCAGCGGGUCAUGCCCUUCGGGGCGAAAGCCUCAGUGACUGCCUUCAUCCGUUGUGCAUUCGGAAUUUGGCGGCUGGGGGUAAAAAUGUUUGCCUUGGUCUGGAGUUUUUAUUUUGACGAUUUUCUAUCGGCUUGCAAGCCUGAGGAGCGUCGACACGUGGAGGUCGUCAUCAGCACGCUUUUCAGGAUUCUAGGUUGGGAUCUUUCGCUAGAUAAACUUCUGCCCUAUGACGUGUGCUGUAAAGUCCUUGGAAUCAAGAUCGACAUGGCGGAGGCUCGCCUGGGACUCUUCAAGCUGGCGAACACUGAAAAACGUGUGAUGGAGUUAACCGCUGCCUUGGACGAAGUCUUGUUAGCCGAGAGGUUGUCGCAUUCCGACUGCGAGAAACUUCGGGGUAGGCUGCAGUUUGCUUCCGGCCAGUUGUUCGGUCGAAGGGCGAAGGUUGCUCUGCACCAGCUUAGCCGGCAUCAUGGAGGUCGGUUGAGCGAGGCCACUUCUAAGGCGUGUCGCUUCUUGAGGCGUUUGGUUUCGUCAAACCAGAGCCGCUUGAUUAGUCGACAACUUGGCAAUGUCGUGCAUGUGUAUGUGGACGCAUCCUUCAGCGAUGAGGGCAAGCUUUGUGGCAUCGGGGGCAUGGCUUAUGACCAUAAAGGCUCUUUGCUCCAAUGGUUCGGUGAAAACCUUGAUGCUUCGCUUGUUUCCCAAGUCAUGACGUCUUUUGAGCGUGUCAAAGAGACCGUCAUUUUUGAGCUGGAGGCUUUGGCGGUACAUGUUGCGCUGAAGUGUUUCUUCAAAGCUCUUAAGGGCAAGAAUGUGGUUGUGUUCACCGACAACGAAGGUGUUCACGGCGCCUUCGUGAAGUGCUGGACUGUGAGUCAGUUUGCAACGCAUGUCAUCGAUGCGGUAUGUGAGAUCGAAGAAAGCCUUGGCUUUAUGAUCUGGUACGAUCGAGUUCCAUCUGCAAGCGUGCUGGCAGCCACGGAGAAGGAGUUGGCCAAAGGCUUCAUUGAGGGGCCGGUGAGUGCUAGCGACAUCCCUAAUGAUGGGACGGUCACGCAUCGCGUUGGAGUGAUUCAAGGAGAGACCGAGGAAGGUCCCAAAGUUAGACCAAUCGAUAAUUACUUGAGUUCGCUUGUAAAUUCGGUUGUAUCCCAAAGUGAACAAGUGCUCGUUCACACGUUGGACGUAGUUGCUGGCAUGUUGGCGAUGUGGUUGCACUUGUCUCCUUUGAAGUCCUUGCGUACGGGACUGGUGUGCAAAUGUUGGGACCUCAGUGCCGCGUACAAGCAACUGCCGCUCAGUGACAAAAGUUUCGAAAAGGAUAGCUUUUUCGUAAUCUUCUGCCCCCGCACACGCAAGCACGUCAUCUACAAGCAGCGGGUCAUGCCCUUCGGGGCAAAAGCCUCAGUGACCGCCUUUAUCCGUUGUGCAUUCGGGAUUUGGCGGUUGGGGGUAAAAAUGUUUGCCUUGGUCUGGAGUUUUUAUUUUGACGAUUUCCUAUCGGCCUGCAAGCCUGAGGAGCGCCGACACGUGGAAGUCGUUAUCAGCACUCUGUUUCGGCUACUAGGUUGGGAUCUUUCACUAGAUAAACUUUUGCCUUACGACGUGUGCUGUAAAGUUCUUGGAAUCAAGAUUGACAUGGCUGAAGCUCGCCUGGGGCUCUUCAAGUUGGCGAACACCGAAAAGCGUGUGCUGGAGUUGACUGCUGCCUUGGACGAGGUAUUGUUGGCUGGCAGGUUGUCGCAUUCUGACUGCGAGAGACUUCGAGGUAGGCUGCAGUUUGCUUCUGGCCAGUUGUUCGGUCGAAGAGCGAAGGUUGCUCUGCGCCAGCUUAGCCGGCAUCAUGGAGGUCGGUUGAGCGAGGUCACUUCCGAGGCGUGUCGCUUCUUGAGGCGUUUGGUUUCGUCAAACCAAAGCCGCUCGAUUAGUCGGCAACUGGGCAAUGUCGUGCAUGUGUAUGUGGAUGCAUCCUUCAGCGAUGAGGGCAAGCUUUGUGGCAUCGGGGGCAUGGCCUAUGACCAUAAAGGCUCCUUGCUCCAAUGGUUCGGUGAAAACCUUGAUGCGUCGCUUGUUUCCCAAGUCAUGACGUCCUUUGAGCGUGUCAAAGAGACUGUCAUCUUUGAGCUGGAGGCUUUGGCGGUAUAUGUUGCGCUGAAGUUUUUCUUCAAAGCUCUUAAGGGCAAGAAUGUGGUUGUGUUCACUGACAGCGAAGGUGUUCACGGCGCCUUCGUGAAGUGCUGGACAGUGAGUCAGUUUGCAUCGCAUGUCAUCGAUGCGGUAUGUGAGAUUGAGGAAAGCCUUGGCUUUAUGAUUUGGUACGAUCGAGAUGGCGGCGGCAUCUACAGCUGCCCAGACUGGACUUCCCCGCCGACUGGGAUGCAGGAUAUCUUUCGGAAGUGCUGUCGCUUCGAAAAAUCUGGGAAGGAUCGGGAUACGGCAUUAUGGCCGGCGUUGCAAGCUGGCGUGGCGACUGGGGUAGAUGGGGAUAUUUCCUUGAGCAAUUGUUUUUUGCCGACUCCAGCUGACUUUGAUCCGAAUUCUUUUGAUGUCCAGAUAUGCUCCGGUAAUUGGCCAGGGGCUAAUGAGGAACCUGAGCUCUUGGCGGAACUUGUUCAGCAGGAAGUGGAUGCGGGCUAUUUGCUGGUUUUUGAUUCUUUGGAGGAGGCCCAGAAGAAAUGGUCACGCAUUGCCAUAGGCAAGGUCAAUGUAAUCAAAAGCCCUAACAGAAAGCCUCGCUUGAUUGUCGAUCCCUCCGUCUCAGGUGUAAACCCUAGUUGCCACAUCCCGGAGCGAUUUCUGCUACCAGGCUUGAGUGACAUCAGAGCUUCUUACCCGAUGCGGGGUGUGGUAGGUGAGGUUGAGGUAUGUACAUUGGACAUUGCCGCGGCGCACAAAACGGUGCGGAUCCGUGAGUCCGAACAAGGACUCCUUGGUUUUUCGGUCAAUGGCCGAUAUUACUUCUACCGGGUCGCACCGUUUGGCGGCUCAUUUAGUGCUCUUUGGUGGCAGCGCCUGUCAGGUUUUUACGUACGCACAUGCCACCGCCUGAUCUACAUCAGCCACAUUUUCUUGAUGUACGUUGAUGAUGCAUUGCUUCUUCAGCACAGGGAAGCCCUUCCUUUAUCAGCCUCGUUGGUUUUAACCUUCUCACAAUCUUUCGGGUACCCGAUCUCAUGGCGCAAACUGCAGUUAGGCCCCAAGAUUGAGUACAUAGGUUGGUUGAUAAACUUCAGAUCAGGCUCCUUGUCCCUGACUGAUCACAAGGUGGCAAAGUUGCUCACGGCACUCACUCAACUCGCAGCAUCUGAUCCUUGCAACAAACGUGAUCUUCAGGCAGUCAUCGGCAUGUUGCAUUGGGUUUUGCAAAUGGCGCCGAGCUUGCUUCCGUGGCUUUGCACUCUGUACCAUGACUUAGCACGGCCCCUGGGUACGAACUUUAGCUUGAAUGCUGCAACUUGGCAGCUUCUGCCUUCAUAUCUGGAUGCGAAAAUGAUCUUCACGGCCACACCGCCGGGCACGAGCAUCAAGGUGGGCAGUCGCUUGCUGAGUGUGCGUCAUGUGGAGAUGUUGGGCAAGCAGGAUUUGGCCAAGGUCAGAUGCACUGGCAAGCGCCUCUGGGCGAGAGUGGCCGAUCCUUCAUCCACCAAGCGCAAGCUGUCUUUGCAGAGUCGCACUUUUGUUGAGUUUUGGAUGCAAUGGUGUAUCAGACCUCAAAUGCCGCGAGCCUUGUCUUUCCCGCCGUUGGACUUCAGCUAUGUGCUUGCAGCCGAUGCAUGCGCAAAGAAGGAUGACAUCGGCAUUGGCGGUUGGGUUCAAUUGCCGAAUCAGCCAGCCGUUUGGUUUGUUGAGAAGUUCAAGGUUGCACAAUUUAGGGCUUUGGGGUUGCCGGUUCAGGACGAUGCGAACUUGGACAUCACGUCUUAUGAAACAUUGGCUCAGCUGGCGCUUUUGAUCUGCUUCGCAUCCUUUACGGCGUCUGGCCGCAUGCGGGUGAAGAUCCCUUCGUGGUCGGAUAACUCGGGCACUGAAAGUGUGGCGAAUAAGCUAUUCACGGUCAAGACUCCUCUGUGCUUCUUUGCGCAGAAACUUGCUACUGUUGCUUGGCGCACAGGCAUCGUUCUGGAUUGCUCGCGUAUCGCAGGCUGUCACAACGAUAAGGCUGACUGGUUGAGUCGUUGGUCAGGUGAUGUGGCAGAGUUGCCUGCAACUUGGUCGUUGGAUCAUCGGGUCAAGUGUGACUUGCCGACUUUGUGGGAAGGCGAGCGUGAUGUUCGUGUCUUUCCACCUGGUGCCACUUUCUUGUGGGAGCCGCCCAAGGCAUCCGUAGGGCGUUGA